AUGGGUUCUCCAAAGGCCUCUAUACGGUUUGGCGAGGUUGCUUUUACGCCUUCGUUUUCGACCCCAGGAGGACACAUCAAUGAUUACUUUCCGUUUACAAGCAGCGAAGGCUCUAAGUGUUUGCUUGCUUUCAGGCAUCGUGGUGAAUUAACCAUUCUUGAGAAAUAUCGUUAUGACCUCAGUCGUGCGCAGCUUAAAGCCAGUUCGAGGACUUCAGCUUUGUUGGCUGGGUUUGCUAUGGUAUCGGUCUUUGUGGUUGCCUUGGUGGAACUCCAGUACGAACAAGGAACAUCUAAACCACUGUUAAUAGUUCUCGGUGUUAUCACUACUCUACUGGUUUCAGUACAUCUUUUGGCCUUAAUGAUGUCAACUUGCAUUUUGCCAUAUAUUGAAGCUAAUGGCUGUACUCAGGACUCUCCGCAUAUUAGACUUAAAUUUUACAUAGACUUGUCAUGGCUGUUUAGCACUUGCAUAGGGCUGGUCUUAUUUUUGAUUGAAAUUGGAGUUAUAUUCUUUGUAAAGUUCGACGCAGUCAACUAUAUAACUGCGGCUUACGUUACUACUGCCCUUCUCGUCCCAGUCGUGAUUGUCUUCACAGUAUUUUCGUGCCUGAUUCAUAAGAGUCGGUUCAUUCAUUCGAUGAACAGAGUAGAUUCAAAAGUAAAUGAUCUUCAGAAAUUUCUUAACGAUAAUGAAGCAGCGUCGUCACAGCUAGCGAAAGCAAGCCAGUUCCAAACCCGCUUAGUUAAUGCUGGUUUGCAAGGGGUUACAGUAAUAGACGCUAGUAAGUAG